UAUAUGAUAAAUCCUUAAUUAAAACAAGGGCAUAAACGCGUUCUACUUGUGUUGCCAAAUUUAAAAAGUUUGACCGGAAGUCCAGUGUCGUAAACUCGAGGAGAAAAGCUAGUUGGGCUCGUAACGGUGCCUCCUUCUCUGCUGUAAAGAAGUUGGUCGUGAAUAUUUUUUUAGGCUCAAAAUUGACCAAAAAACAGAAGAGACAUGGCGCUUACCGACGCCGACGUCCAGAAACAGAUCAAACACAUGGUGGCCUUCAUCGAGCAGGAGGCCAACGAGCGAGUCGAGGAGAUCUUAGCGAAGGGAGAAGAAGAGUUUAACAUCGAGAAAGGCCGCCUGGUGCAAACCCACCGGGUGAAAAUCAUGGAUUAUUACGAGAAGAAGGAGAAGCAGAUUGAACAACAUAAGAAAAUCCAGAUGUCCCAACUGAAGAACCAAGCCAGGCUGAAGGUGCUGAUGGCCCGAGACGACAUGGUGACGGAUCUGCUGAAUGAGGCUCGAAAAAGAAUCGCCGACAUCGUCAAAGACCCGGACAGGUACGCCAAGCUGCUGGAGGGUCUGGUGCUUCAGGGGUUUUACCAGCUGCUGGAGCCUAAAGUCACCAUCCGCUGUCGGCAGCAGGAUGUAGACGUGGUUCAGGCUGCAGUUAAUAAGAACAUCUCUAUCUACAAGGAGACGGUGAAGAGCAACAUAACUGUCCGGGUUGACCAUGACCACUUCCUUCCAUCAGACAUCUGCGGUGGCGUUGAAGUCUACAACAGUAAUGGAAAGAUUAAGGUUUCCAACACCCUGGAGAGCAGACUGGAUCUCGUAGCACAGCAGAUGAUGCCUGAAAUCAGAGAGAUCUUAUUCGGUUCCAACCCCAACCGCAAAUUCUUGGAUUAAUUUGAGGAGAACUUCGCUGGAAACGUCAAGGAGAACCUUCAGACACCAGGAAGUUGGACCAACAAUGAACCAGAUAUGUGGAAACAAUUUUUUUUCCUGACAUUUUUCCUGAUUUCUUUUGAUGUCUAACAAGGAAACAGAGCGUUUGAGGUGCUGCCUUAAAAUGCGUCCUCUGGUUUUCCUUCAUUUAAACUGAAAUGUUGUGAGUUGAUCUUUCAGAACUGGAUGAAGCUAGUUUUGUUUAGUGCUUUCUGUCUGGAUAAAUUUUAAAUGUUCAUUUAUUUGGUUGUUGUUUAUAAACUUUCAGUUGACUAAUGUUUAUAUUCAUGCUCUUAUUUUGAAGUGGAUGAUGACAGCAGGUCUGUUUCCAUUCCAAAUUAAACAGCUUUAUUUGUUAAA